AUGUUGAUAGAAAAUUGUCCAAUCAUCAACGUCAACGUCAAAGUGUGGCUCUUUUGGGCUUAUCUCCGGAAGCCCAAUUGGUACAGCUAUGUGCUGGGCUGCAUCCCGGUGGCGAUUCUGAACGCGUUCCAAUUUAUGAAUCUGUUCCACGUGAUUGCGUCUGGCAGCGGCGAUAUGAACAAGAUUAUCAUCGACGGGUACUUUACGGUGCUCUACUUCAAUUUGGUGCUGCGGACGGCGUUCCUAAUGGGUAACCGAGCGAAGUUUGAAACGUUCCUGAACGGAAUUGCCGAUGAGUACGCAGUGUUGGAGAAGCAAAACGACAUCCGUCCACUAAUGGAUAGCUUGACCCGCCGGGCCAGGAUCCUGUCCAAAUCGAAUCUCUGGCUGGGAGCGUUUAUCAGCGCUUGCUUCGUGACCUAUCCUCUGUUCUCGCCGGACAAUGGCCUUCCCUACGGAGUUUACGUUCCCGGGGUGGACCUCAACGUGUCGCCAAUUUAUGAAAUUGUGUUCGCGCUCCAAUUUUAUCUCACGAUUCCGGCAUGCUUUAUGUACAUUCCAUUCUCCAGCUUUCAUUGCACCUGUGCGCUGUUCGGACUGGUGCGGAUUGCAGCCCUGAAGCGGUCGCUGGAGAAUUUGCACGAGUACAAUACUUCCCCACGGAUGUUAUUUGAAAAAAUAAAAGAGUGUUUGCAGUAUCAUAAGGAUAUCAUUAAAUAUGUGACUGACCUUAGCGAGCUGGUGGACUUAAUAUUUCUGUUGGAGUUGCUAUCAUUCGGAAUGAUGCUGUGUGCAUUGCUCUUCCUGUUGAGCAUCAGCAAUCAGCUGGCCCAGAUGGGAAUGAUUGGUUCGUACAUCUUCAUGAUUCUGUCGCAAAUGUACGCCCUCUAUUGGCACUCCAAUGAAGUUCGAGAGCAGAGUUUGGAAAUUGGUGACGCUCUGUACUACAAAGGCGCCUGGAUCGAUUUUGACGUGGCCACCAAGAAGAAGAUGAUUCUGUUGAUUGCCCGAGCCCAACGUCCAUUAGCGAUAAAGAUAGGAAGCGUUUAUCCGAUGACAUUGGAAAUGUUUCAAUCUUUGCUAAAUGCAUCGUAUUCGUAUUUUACGCUGCUCAGACGAGUCUACAAUUAAAAUCUGAUUACAUGAUUGCAGGACUAAAUCGGAUGUGCAGUAUUUGAUAGUUGUUAAAGGUAUACGAUAUGAGA